CAAGAAUUGCAUGCAUAUAAACUCACUCUCUUUAUAUGAAACCAAAUCACACUUAUCUUCCCGCGCUUUACAUUUCCCCCUGUUCCUAUUGACUCCCUUCACCCACCGCGCAUUUCCACCCUCGCCUGACCUCUACACAAAGCUGAUCGAUAUCUACACUCGUAAUCGAGAGUUGAACUCAGCAAUACUACUCCACGCCCAUUUGAUCACUACCGGGUUGUCCCGUCUGACCCAUUUCGCCUCCAAGCUCAUAUCUCUCUUCUCUACCUGCGGCCAAGUAGCCCACGCCCGUAACUUGUUCGAUGAAAUUCCCAAGACGAACGUACACCGCUAGUUUGCUCUGAUCGGAGCUUAUGCUCGUUCUGGGUUUUAUCAGCAAUCAAUGAAUGUGUUCUGUGAGAUGCAAAGACAGGGUUGUAGGCCCAAUAGGAUUGUUAUUCCCAGUGUUCUCAAGGCAUGUGGGCAUUUGUCUGAUGUCAAAACCGGGAAGAAACUACAUGCUGUUGUGCUCAGGCACUCGUUUGAGUUUGAUGCUUUUAUUAGCAGUGCAAUAAUUGACAUGUACUCGAAGAAUGGGAGGGUGGAGAAGGCGCGCUGGGUGUUUGAUAUGAUGGUGGAGAAAGACUUGGUGGCUUUGAAUGCUGUUGUUUCUGGGUUUUGUCAGCGUGGGAUGGCGGAGGAAGCGUUGGUUUUGGUGGAGGAAAUGCAGGUGGUUGGGAUUAAGCCUAAUUUGAUAACUUGGAACAGUUUGGUUGCUGGAUUUUCGCAGAAGGGUGAUGAGGCAAUGGCGUCUAGGCUGUUUGAGUUGAUGUGCAUAAAUGGCAUUGAGCCUGAUGUUGUAUCUUGGACUUCGGUUAUAUCUGGGUUUGUGAAGAAUUUUCAGAACAGUAAGGUUUUUUGUACAUUUAAGAAAAUGUUAAAUCAUGGAAUAUGUCCAACUUCGGCCACGAUUAGCGGCCUGUUGCCUGCUUGUGCAUCUGUGACGAACUUGAGGUGUGGUAAGGAGUUAUAUGCCUAUGCCUUGGUGGUUGGUGUUGAAGCUGAUGUAUAUGUGAGGAGUGCUCUUGUUGAUAUGUAUGCAAAAUGCGGAUUUAUAUACUAAACAAAGACAUUGUUUUGCAAGAUGUCUAAAAGAAACACUGUAACGUGGAACUCAAUGAUUUUUGGAUAUGCGAAUCAUGGGCAUUGCACUGAAGCAAUAGAUCUUUUCAACACCAUGAAAACAUAAGACAACUGUAAACUUGAUUACUUGACUUUCAUGGCUGUCCUUACUGCUUGUUGUCAUGCCCGGAUGAUUGAACUUGGCAAAAGUUUGUUUAGUCUGAUGCAGGAAGAACAUGGGAUCGUGCCUAGACUAGAACAUUAUGCAUGUAUGGUUGAUCUUCUAGGUCGGGCAGGGGAUCUCACUGAGGCAUAUGAUAUGAUUAAGGCAGUGCCCAUGGAGCCAGAUUUGUUUGUAUGGGGAGCAUUAUUAGGAGCAAGUCGCAACUAUGGGAACAUAGAACUUGCUGAAAUAGCAGCUAAUCAUUUAUCAGAGCUAGAGCCGGAGAGUGCAGGAAACAAUUUGCUAUUAUCCAGUCUGUAUGCAGAUGCUGGAAACUGGAGAAAUGUUGCAAGGUUGAAGAAAAUAAUGAAGAAAAAGAAGUUGAGGAAGUUACCUGGUUGCAGUUGGAUGGAAGCUGGCUAAAGUACAAGAAUGCUUUUCAAGUAAGGUUCUGAACAAUUCUUCAUUCAGAAGAGACCUGAAGAGAAGGAAAUAUCCAGGUAUAAGGCCGGA